AUGGAGCCGCGCUAUGUGAUCCCGACUCGCAAACACAUUACCGAGGUAGCUGUGCCCAGGAUGUAUGAAGAGGUGAAGCAAGCUGUAAAAGCAUCUCUAGGCUCAGCAGAAAGAGUGGCCUUAACAUCCGAUGGCUGGACAUCGAGGGCGAUCUUCACGGCGCACUACAUCAAUGAGAAUUGGGAACUGAUUUCUCAUGUUUUGCAGACGAGGGCAAUGCAUGAGAGCCAUACUGGUAGUAACAUCGCCGAGGUGUUGGAAGAUGCAUUAGAGGAAUGGGAUAUAAAAAGCAAGGACCCCGCGGUUGUCACUGACAACGCGUCGAACAUGACCGUUGCAGCGCAGCUAGCUGGUAUGCUGCAUAUUAAAUGUUUUGCGCAUACUUUGAAUUUGGCUUCACAGCGCGCACUUCAACUAACACCAGUCGCGCGUUUGCUGGGAAGAGUGAGAAGAAUAACUAACUUUUUCAGACGCAGUACCAUAGCCAGCCAUGUACUGCGGGAAAAACAAAAACUUCUAAAUCUGCCUCACCACAAACUGCUCACUGACGUAGUCACCAGAUGGAAUAGUGCACACGACAUGCUGCAGCGCUUCCUAGAACAGCAGCCAGCCAUCCAUGCUGCCCUCCUCUCAGCUGAGGUGAGGAAGAAAGAGAAGGACCUCUGCACCCUCAGUGAGGCAGACAUAACAGCUGCUGAAGAAGUGGUCACUGCUAUGAAGCCCAUGAAGGUAGCUACACUAGUCAUGUCAGAAGAGACCACUCCAACACUUUCAGUUGUAGCACCACUCCUUGCCCAGCUGACCCAUGACCUACAAGACAGCCCAACAGAUUCCAACUUAGUGAAGGAAAUAAAAUCUGCCAUGUGCCAGGAUCUCAAAAAGAGGUACUUGAACAAGGAGACGCUUUAUGUGGCCACCGCUAUGGAUCCGAGAUUUAAGGCCCUGCCCUUCCUGUCAGAAGACCAACGCCAGGACAUCUAUGCUACAAUCCUUGCAGAAGCUACAGGGUGCAAAGCAUUACAGCAGAAUGAGCUUGGAGUGGACUCAGUUGAGACAGAGACUGAUGUGAAUGUGGUGCCAGAAGAGGAUGAGGAAGGCAAUCAAGAUCCUGUGCAAAAAGACAUGUCUGCUGUACCAUCCAAGAGAUCCAGGCAUUCUCUAGCUGACCUACUUGGUCCAACAUAUGCUACAGCACCUGCAAAGAAAUGGAAAACUGCAGAGGACCAGGCCAAGGAGGAGAUUUCUAGAUACAAAGAGGAUGCUCCCUUGCCGCUUGGUGUUGUCAAUCCACUAGACUGGUGGAAAGGGAAUCAGAGCAAGUAUCCUUUCUUGUCACACAUGGCAAAGAAAUACCUGUGUAUUCCGGGGACUAGUGUGCCCUCAGAGAGAGUGUUCUCUACUGCAGGGGACAUUAUUACAGCUCAGAGGAGUGCACUUACCCCAGAACAUGUUGAUCAGAUUCUGUUCCUAAACAAAAAUCUGAAGUCAAAAUAG